GUGCUCUGGAGGAAGCAAAGCUAGGACCUACCCAAAAUUCUGUAGAACAGGACACGAAGCAGACGCCGUAACAGCAGCAGCAAAACCAGGCUCCCUGUGUUCCACUCACUCCCUCACUGCUAUGGCCAGGAGGGAGCUUGGUGGCAGCAGGUUGGCAGUGCUUUGUGUGGCACGAGCCGGGCACGUCGCGGGUGGCCCAGUGCCAUUCUGUGUCCUGCAGGUACCAUAUGGAGCUGCUCCGGGUGCUGAUGGGGCUGGAGGAAAGUUCCACCUGUCACCUGUAUCUCAUACUAGGAGCCCUCCUAGUCCCCCCAGUGGAACUAUUCUGCAAGUUUUUGUUGGAACCAGAGUUUCCCAAAAGGGAAAAGCCAUCGGAAGCUCACAUUGCACGUCUUCAUCUCAUCUCCCAAAGCAGUUAAGCACCUAAUUAAUUUUAAGCGCACACAGCCUGACUAAACCUGGGGUAUUGACAUGCUUGAAAUUAAAUAUGUGCUUAAGCAUUUUCCAGGAUCGUGGCUUGAGUAAGCACACUGCUCUGUCUCAGUCAGUACAUCGCACAUAAAAACAGCUGCUGGAAGGGCACAGGAGAGGUUUUGAAAUCAAUCAGUAUUUUGGGAUCAGCACAUUACGGCAGCGCCUAUUUACCUAAUUGCUGUACUGCAAAGAUUUCACCCUGCCUCCAACAGCCUCAGUAACGCAGUUACACUUGUUGACAGCAAGUGCUUGAUAUUAAAAAAAAAAAAAGUGUUUUUCUCUAAAUGCUGAAUUCUAUUCGACAUUAGCCACAAAUUGAGCAUGACACAGUUAUUCCAUGUUUACUUGCACUGGCCUGGAUUAUGUAAAGGUGCAAGGCAGAAUGAUAGCCUGAUGACUAACGUUUUAGGGAAAACAUACGCAACUAUCCAUGUUUAACCAGCAGCUACAGUUCAGAUAAUGCUAUUUUGAUGUUUAUUCUGUUUGUAGGAAUGGUUGAAAAGCUUUCAUAACUUCUUUGAAAUUUAAACUGACCACUAAUUGUGUGAGUGGGACUGCAGUUGGAUGUGAGUUUAAGUUGGAUGGGCAUAAAUGAGCACAUCUGCAGCCGUGUCAUUGUAAAUACACUAACGUGCACCUUGGAUGCAUUUUGCCCAGGUUCAGAGAAACCAAUGGGAAAAAGAAGGUGAAAGUGGAAAAAAAACAAAGGAGGAAAAAGGUAGAGGCUUUGCAAGUGCUACUUUCAGUCAACACAACAUUGCCAGGAGAAAAGCUAUUUGUUUUUUAAAUAUAUUAAGGUUGCCGGGAACCUUCCCAUUCACCUUCCAUGGUGGUAACUAAAUCACUGUGCACAGAGAGACAUGCAUUGUUCAUCUCUGCUUCGUCAACAAGAGGCACUGAAGGGGCACAAGGGCCAGUGCUCACCUGGGCUCCUGCGGUUGGUCAUUUCAAUAGUGGAGACCUUCACAAUAGCAGAGACCUUCAGCAGAGCCCUCCAUUUGUUUUUAGGGCAAAGAAACACAGGUGUGAACCUGAAACGACAAGUCAAACUUCAGCUUGCUGUUUCAACACAGCAUCAUGUAUAACCAUUUCAGUGGCAAUCAGAUCUGUGAAUUUCUCCAUCGUUUACUGGAGUAUAUGGUUUGGAUCCAACUCAAAUCUGUUUUGACAUAGAACAGAAAACAUACCUGGAGUUGUCUUCCCAAUUUCAGGACUAAAUUAAGAAAGUGUUUUGCCUGGCAGAGAAGGAAGGGGGGAACAGAGCUGUUCCCAACACAGCUGGGUGCUGCUGCAUUGGACCUGACUUUUGUGGCUGCUUACCUUUUCACAUGGACAUGUUUGUUUUUUUUGUUGUUGUUGUUGUUGUUUUUUUCCCAACAAUUUAUGUUAAAAUUGUUUUUUUUUAAAGUUAUUUGAAAGAGAUUUAUUUGAACUGUGAAAAAGCAUUUCCAGUGCUUUCUUAAGAGUCAGGAGCCCUCCAUGUGGGUAAGAACCAAUGUGUGUAAUGUAGCGACUUCACACACUUGCAGCUGACAUGAAGACAAACUACAACACUUUUUGCCUUAUUCAAUGUUCUCUCUCUGGCUCCCAGUGUCCAUUAUGAUUGGGAAUUCCUUGCUUAGGGAACUCUCCUGGGCAUUAUCUUUCUAACUGUAAAUAUACCUAUUCUUAGGCCCUGCAUGCAGAGCAGAGGAUCACACCAAGUAAUCACAUUGUGUUUCUGAAUAAUCCAAAGGCCUGCUUGCCAGAUAUUAUCCUGGGGAGAGACUGUCAAGUUGUGUCUGAUAGGACAUGUUUGAAGAUUAAUGGAAAGAUGCAUCAGCUUCUGAUUGUACAUUUGCACCGAGUCACACUUCUCAUCUCACUUUAUGAUGAAUGGUGAAUGUAGCAAAUUUUUAUAUGUGGGUUGUGGUAAACAUGUAAGGGUUAUAAUUUUUCUACGUGUUUUAUAUAAAAUGUUUUUAGUAAAUACUUACUGAGCCUCGUGGCGUUCAUUGGCUUCCAUAGCAGCAGCCCAGCCCCACGACUGCACCCCAUAUCGCAGGGCUUGGGAAGAAAUCAUCCCUUUUGUAGAGACUGCUUUUAUUUCAACUCUCUUUUCUGGUGUUUCCAUGGGAAAGAGGACUUAGCAGCUAACUGCCUGUUAUUUUACCUUGCAUUGCUUCAUUACUGCUAUUUUUCUGCUCCUCUUUGCCUCAGUAAAUGUGGUUGUUAUUCACUUGGAUUCCCUUGGCCGGGUGGGAUCAGGGAUGCAUUCCUUGUCCUCUGUGCAAAUAGAUAAGAAUCCCAGAUCAGACCCCGGGGUUCUAAGAUUUGUAAUUACACUUUUCAUACGUAUGAUGUCUGCGUUCCUGGGGCUAAGGAAAGCCUGGAUGCAGUGAUCAAAAUGACACAGCUAACACACUGAGACGAGAACUCAUUCCUCCAAGGUGCCAUGUUCCGUUCAGUUGCAGAAAUAGAAGACGGAUUGGGAUAAUUUGGGGCCUGACCCAAUUUUCACAGAUUGGACUUUUUUAUAUAUAGGUAAUGCGGCCGUUUGUAGCUGUUUCCCUCAGAGCUCUCUUCCGUUCAUUCAAACUGACAGAAAUUGCAUGUUACGUCGCAUGAACAAAAACCACCCAUUCUCCUCUGCCUGACAGCGCAUCCAUCCCUGCUAAGUGCCGGAGCGCCGCGCUGCUGCCUGAUGUAACAGCACUCCCUUUCCUGCGGCUUUGCUAAGCCAGCUCUGCCAUCUCCAUCAGCUCCUUGGGAAAGUCUUCCAGGCAACGUCGGGUUGGACACUGGGCUGUGACAAAUGCUGUCUGGCUGCCAGUGCUGAGGACCGCGGGGCAGCAGGUUGGGGCAGGAGUAGGUUUGAGCAGCUCCCCUUUUUCACUGGCUGCUCUGCCAGUGCUAACCUCGUUCAUGUUCCUUGUCUGACGCAGUAACACUGAACACAGAAUGUGUAACACUUACUAUGUGAGCAAACGCUCAGGGAAUCCAAGGUUCAAACUGCCUUUUAGAAACUAACAAUGUGAUCACAACAGAAUCGAAGGAACAAACACUUCUUCAAGGCACUUGAUUUUGUCUGACUGAGUUCUUCAGCUCGUAUAAGCCUCAGUUUGUACAAAGCCACCCUUGUUUAUGCCUUGCAGCCACUGGAUGAGGGCUGAGAGGAUGAAGUGCGGAUCUGCUGGUGGAUUCAGGCAGGUUUUUGCUCCCCAUUUCACAAAGAAACCAAAGUACCAUCAGGACAGCAUGACCAAGAAUGAAUGAGUGCACAGUCCCAUCCUGCACGUUCUAGCACUAACACAAGUCAUAGGGCGUACUACGAGUAGUACACAUGUGAGUCGGGUGAGCAUCCCCACCCCUCGGCUGCAAGGCUUCUGUUAUGGGGCUGUUUGUCCUAUGGCACCAGAAAGGUGUCUGCUGCCUCCAGGAGCAAAGCCAGGACAGCCUUGAGUCAGAACCUGAGAUUGAACACCCAGUGACAUUGCAAAAAUGCAGGACUCAUCUCCUGCUGCUCUCAUGCUAUAUGCUAUGUAAUAAACCCUUUGUACUUCUGACACAGAACAAACAUAGCUGUGGCUGGGGAACCUUCUCUGCACUGAGUGGCCCAAGAGGAACAUUCCUGCACUGGAGUGACCUAACAGCACGUGGAGCCAAGGUGCAUUGAAAAGGCAAACCUAAAAUGGAUGCCUCUGAGUCAGUGCAUUAGAGCACAUCUUUGCUAGCCCAUUAACUAACAGCAUUUCAAGGUCAGCUCGUAGAUGUUAAGUUCCAUGCAAACAACUGUAAAGUCAUUACUGCACUUUGCAGUUCUUUGGUGGCUAUUCCAUUGGCACUGCUCACUGCUGAUAGGUACUAAACCACAACCUUUGAGAGCACCCACCAGCUGCUACCUCCUGUUCUUAAAACACAACACUUAUAAUAAAAGUCAAAGCACCUCCUGCCCCUGGAUACAAUAAAAAAAGAUGCUUUUCUGUGGAUUGUAGAAGAUGUGUCAUUCUUAAAUGGCAGAUCUCUCCCUUGAAGUCUGUUUUACAUGGAAAGCCAUAAUAAAUCUAUACUCAAAGCCCUCAGAUAUUUCCAUGACAACAAACCAUAAUAUAAACUAGAAUUAAAACUUCACUGGAUGAAGAGGGAAUGGAAAGGAUGGAACAUAGGAGAGAGAUCCCAAAUGACUGUCAACAGCAACUCUGCCUUACCUCCAGCACUCGGCACAGCUCUCAUGCUGCAGAAGGGAAGCAGCAAUAUUUUAAGAGCUCCCUGAGAGGUAAGUGUCCCCCGUAAUGCUGCUUUGUUUUGCUUUGAAGUAUUUUUGCAAUGUCUGUUCUGGCUGUUCAUUAAGUUAGCGGAUAAAGCUGUGCAUAAAGUGUCCUCAUCUUCUGCCUCUUUCUCUCAUCCCAGCUAUAUUAGUGACUUCAAUCUUUCCCGUGGUUGGUAAGGCAACGUAAAGUACCUUUCCUGCAGCUGAGGGCAGGUAGAUGAGUGCUUGGAACCACCUUCUCUCACAGCCAUUCUAUCUUCUUUCACCACUGUCCUUCAUGGUAUAUGCAAAGCAGACUCAGGAACUCAUCAUCACUCCAACUCGGUGGCAUUUCGGUUCUUUAUGCCCCAUUAAGGUGUGGCCUUCAAUAUCCAAAGAAUCCAAAACUGGGACUGCUUCCUUCUCUCUCAGCUGUUUUUUUUCUGGCACUGACCCUAAGAAGGAAAAGCCACUACUGAAUCAUGCUUCAAAACCCCUUUGAACAAGCAGGGCAGCGAAGCUGUUGGAUUCAAAGAACGACUGCAGUCCCUGAUCCAAGUGGGUCAGGGCAUCAAACUCCCAAUGAAUUAAGUGUUAUUUCGCUGCAUUACAGACCUGGGCUGCCAGGAGGAUAGAGAUCUGCUGCCGCCUCAGAUCAAGUACCGUUUCACAAAGGGACAAGAUUUGUCUGAAAGACUGAGGCUCUUUUCUCCCAAGGGAAAGGGAAAUGGUCAUUUUUGACAAGAUACAACUCAGCAAGAAUGGGAGGAAUUUCAUGAGAAUAAAGGCUGCUCCCUGCAAGGUCACAGCCGCAGCCUCAGGCCCUUGGCUCUGCCAAGCACCCAGGUCCUGCAGCUGAUGCCACUGGUCUGAGAAUGUGUGGGGGUGGGAAGAGUGAAAGCAUUCUUUCGGGAACAACGGGAACUAUUUGGCAGCUUUCCAGGACCUGGACUCUAUGGUCCUUAUGGGUCCCUUCCAACUUGGGGUGUUCUAUACAGGGACGGCUGCCCGCUGCUCUGUCAUUUAAAUACAUCAUUUCAGUUAGGUCAGGGUCAACAUCGUAAUGCUGAAAUAGCUGGAUGUUGGUGGCAUACAGCCCAUGAUUCUUCUUCAGAACUAAGUAAAGCAUUUACAUGGGCAGCUGGAUAAGCAAAGUGAGAGGACGAUAGGCUCUUCCUUUUUGGUUUGUCUUCUUUUUUUUUUUCCCAAAUGAAUUAAUUUGUGGCUGUGCUCCAUAAAAUUCAGCAGCCCUCGAGUAACUCGCUACAAAACUGUCUCACAGUGCGAGAGCAGGAAUGGCCAAUACUGACUCCACCAAAAGCUGCAAAGCGUGUUGAAAUUAGGAUACGGACAGGGCACUAAGGCUAAUGCAUCACUAUGGGAAGUGCUGCAAAGUGCUCAGCUGCCAACAGGCACAUCCCGAGGAGCAGGCAGAGUAACUGCCGUGUCACCCUGCGCUUCUGCUCUGUUCUUCAGUGAAGCCUGGCAGUUGUGAAAUAGCAACACCAGCAGAUGGUGGGCAUACAUAUGUGAGCGUGCACGUGAAAAGCAGCACCAAGCUCUGUUUCCACGCUGCAUUAAGCAGGAUGCCAGGGUGCACUCAGAGCACGGGUGGUGAUGGGGGGGUACCUAUUCUGCCCCCGAGCUCACCUUGAGCUGCUUCCCUCAGUCAGGGCCUGUGGGCACAGCAUCAGCCUCAGUCUCAGAGGGAUGCGGGAUGCUGCAGCGCGGGAGCCCAGCAGCUCCGAGGGGUGUGCUUGCGGAGCGCAGAGCCGCGCUGAGUGAGAGCGGAAUUGCAGGUGAAUCAGAGAGAGGGCGACGGCUGCAGCUUCACCCAUCUGUAGCCUUACCGCGCUCCUGCCAAGAUGCAAGGGCAACGAAACGACGGACUGUGACCGCAGCCGUCCCCGCGCCCGUCGCUGUCCCCACGCGGCCAUCAGCCGCACAUCGCGGUGCCGGGAUUUUACACGCGUGGAGAACGCCGCGCCGACCCGUCCCAGAAGCGACAGCCGCUCCAAGAACGCACACCAUCGCCCUUCACCGCCUCGACGGCGGCAAGCGGAAAGCAAGCUCGUGGGGACGGAGCUCAGCGGGCAGCCCCGCACCGCGGCCGGGGGGUGGGGGCGUGCGGGGACCGCCCGGCCCCGGAGGAGGCGUCCCGCGAGAGGGAGCAGAGGGAGAGGACGAGCGGAGCGCGCACGUCGGACUAAACUCGCCGCAGAGCGCGGGGCCGCUCCGCGCCCGCGGAGGCAGCGCUUACGCCCGCCGUGACGCGCGGAGGGACCGGCCCCCGGCCGGGAGGGGAGGGGGGGGCGGAGCGGGGCCGCGUCCCUCCCCGCCUCCCGCACCUGCCCCAGCCCCGGCACGGAGCGGCUCCGCGCGGGGAUGCGCAGCCCGCGGCGGCACGAUGCGGGAGGGGAGCUCGGAGAACAGGACGGGCGGCGAGUCCCCGCUGCGCCUCUUCCCCGCGCCCGUGCUCACCGGCAUCACCGUCGCCUGCGUCCUCCUCUUCGUCGUCGGGGUCCUCGGCAACCUGAUGACCAUGCUGGUGGUGUCGCGGUUCCGGGACAUGAGGACCACCACCAACUUCUACCUGUCCAGCAUGGCCUUCUCCGACCUGCUCAUCUUCCUCUGCAUGCCCCUGGACCUCUUCCGCCUUUGGCAGUACCGGCCCUGGAACUUCGGAGAUCUCCUCUGCAAGCUCUUCCAGUUCAUCAGCGAGAGCUGCACCUACUCCACCAUCCUCAACAUCACCGCGCUCAGCGUGGAGCGGUACGUCGCCAUCUGCUUCCCUCUGCGAGCGAAGGUGAUCAUCACCAAGAGGAAGGUCAAGCUGGUCAUCCUCAUCCUCUGGGCCGUCUCCUUCAUUAGUGCUGGCCCCAUCUUCGUCCUGGUGGGCGUCGAGCACGAGAAUGGCACCAACCCACUGAGCACCAACGAGUGCCGUGCCACGGAGUACGCCAUCCGCUCGGGGCUGCUCACCAUCAUGGUGUGGAUCUCCAGCAUCUUCUUUUUCCUGCCCGUAUUCUGCCUCACGGUGCUGUACAGCCUCAUCGGGAGGAAGCUGUGGAGGAGGAAGAGGAAGAACAUCGGUCCGAGCACCAUCAUCAGGGACAAGAACAACAAGCAGACUGUGAAGAUGCUAGGACGAUAUUUAUUUUCCAAAUCCUUCGAAGCCGGAUCCUUGGAGAUAGCAGUGAUCAGCCAGUACUGCAACUUGGUGUCCUUUGUCCUCUUCUACCUGAGCGCAGCCAUCAACCCCAUCCUCUACAACAUCAUGUCCAAGAAGUACCGCGUUGCCGCAUGCCGGCUCUUCGGACUCAAAGCCCUGCCAAAGAAAAGACUCUCCAGCACCAAGCAGGACAGCUCACGUGUAUGGACAGAACCCACCGUCGCCACAUGACAUGGGGUCCAGUGCCAGAGCAUCACACACCGGUGUUACCGGAGAGCCAUCACGGAGGGGACGUGGGGCAAGGCACAAAUCGGCAAGGAAAGCUCUACUUGUGUCGUCACCUGGAUUUGCUGGGAGAUGUCACGUAGGCAGUGAAAGAUCUCUAAAAAUUACCUACACCUUGAGAAUAUAAAAGGAGACGUGUGGUUACAGCAUUUGGCAACAAUCAAGUGAUAUUUGUCCGCUGCUUUUGUCCAUAUGACGUCUAAAGGGAGACCGACUUUUGACAUGGUGUGAUAGCGAUAGGAUGAGGGGGAAUGGUUUUAACUAAAAGAGGGCAGUUUUAGGUUGGGCGUUAGGAAGAAAUUCUCUACCCAGAGGGCAGCGAGGCCCUGGCACUGCUGCCCAGAGCUGUGUGCCCCAUCCCUGGAUGUGCCCAAGGCCAUGGAUGGGCCCUGAGCAGCCUGAGCUGGUGGGGACAACCAGCCCACGGCAGGGGAUGGGACUGGAUGGACUUCAAUGUCUCUUCCAAACCCAAACCAUUCUGUGAUUCUGUGAUAUGGUUUUUUAACACAGGGAAGCUAGGCUUCCCCAUUUCUAAAAGGCAAACAUAGCCCGGCUCUACUGAGAGCCCAUGCGACUCCGGCAGCUGCUAAACAUGAGCGGAGGUUUUCCAGAGUUAACUUUAGAUUUGCUAAAAAUUUUGCUAGCACAUAGCCAGACCCUAAAGAGAGAAAAUAUAAUUGCCUUGUCGAAGUAGUAGACAUAGGAUUUGAUACGCUUUUCAUAAUCUCCAUUUUUAAUACAAGUUCCAAAAAGGAGAAAUAAAAACGGGCGGUGUUCAAACAUGCUCAAAUUAAUGACCCUCACAUCAUGUGUGAAUAGAAAUAAAAAAAGUCUUCAUUGAAGUGGCAUAAAACGUGGCUGUGCUGGAAUAUUUUGGGAAUGCGUGUCAGUGGGACAAGGACAGUGCUGCCUUUGGGACUGCAGUGAUGCCGUGAAGACUGGGAAUGCAAUCUCCUACAGCCAUCUUUUUGUUUUACCAGCUGACUCACCUCUACUUGCUCUGCUCAGCUUGGCUGUGAGCGACUCACUGUACCCAAACCUGGGAGCUGUUGGCUGUCCCAGCAUUGGUGCCUGUGCACACUGCAGCCUGAGGAUGAGUCUACCUGUAAGACACCCUGGGUUGCGAUCAGUCAGUCCUGAGCACCUUGUGCCCCAGCAGAGCCCGUGCUGCAGCAGCACUGGUGUGCUGCAGUAUCAUAUCCACUUACUUUUAGACCUGAAAAAGUCACAGAAAAUAUCCAUUAAGACCCACAGGCAGACACAUUCUCAUACUUGAUUCAUAAAAAUCUUAAAUUCAAUUGAUUUUUGUGAUUCAAAUAUGUCAUUAAAAACCAAAUCAAACCAGAAAGCCUUUCACACCUUGUGCUAAUCUGUAUGCCUUAUAUCGCAUCUGUUGUCACACCUAUACAUAGAUGUUGUGGUCCAGCUAAUAGAGCUUGAGGGUGUGCAUGUGCAAUAGCAGCUUUUAUUUAUUUGGUUCUAUUUAUUACCAGCUGGUCCACAACUGAUUCUACAUAACAAACUGUCUGUUCACAAGAUUCCUAUUGCUCCUAAGCUCCUAUUGCUGACUAUGGGCCGCAUUCUGCCUGUUAUGCCUUUGCAGCUGGGUGUAAGUGAAAAGAGAAUUUGGCCCCUUCUGUACCUUCUGUGUCUGUUGGUGGGGCUGAGUGGCUGCAGCGUGUCCCAGCAGGGGCAAACCACAGGAGCAGCAGAUGGGAGUUGCAGAGAGACAGCCUAGGAGGCUCACCUCAUUGGAGCCUCUGGCGUGGGCUGAGCCCAUUAGGAGAGCCGCACCCAUGGCAUCCUCUCUCCUUUUGUCUCUGACCACUUAUGCCUUUCUGUUCAUUUUGUUCCUUCCUUUGCUGUCUGCUGACAAGCAGCUCUGGUGGCAGACAUCAGGCAACUCAGGGAAACAAGAAAUCAAGGAGUCUUGAAAAUAUUGUGAAUAUGUGAGCUCACUAAUUACACGUCCGUGUAAACGAACCGAUCGCGCACCUAACGUCACGUAAGCGUUUCGAGUUUCAGCUGUGUCUGUGGUAUUAAACGUGAGCAGAAAAAGAAAUCAUGUGCUGAGAGCCUCUGUGGAGCUGCGGGUGGGUGGUGAGGGAGGGGACGUGGAGUAGCCACCUCCAUGUGACUCUUGCACAAGCAGGAAGAGAUUUCAGCUGUGGCAGAAACUCUCAAGCUUUUCACGCACACUGUAGCAGUCACUCCACCAGGUUGCACUGUACCAUCCAUUAGCUUUGCCCCCCUAAGGUGUUAAAGUAUCUCCAUACAGAAAUGCUGGAGUUGCACUUACUGGUAUCGUGGGCUGGUGGUUGGGGUCUGGGUGUGCUGCUUCAGACAGCUGCUGGCACUUUGUGGGCUGCUUUUACCCAGGAGACAGGAAAAGCAUCACCUGGGCAACUUCUGCACCAUGAAAUCAAAUGUCAGGUGCCCCCAGAAGGAUACGUGACGUCCCUGUGGGAUGAAUAUGCAGCUGCCUACCUCUGGGGUACGCUGCUGCUGGAUCUCCAUUGGAAAAAAAAAAAGAACAAAAACCAACUGUUCAACAUUUCAAUAACAUUUUCUACCUAGAAAAGGUACUGAAGUCACAGGACAGCCACGAUGGCCAACGCUUCCUGGGAGAAACAGCAUUUCCCUGCUGUCCUCAGGCCGUUCCUGCAGCCCUUCAU